GUGCUGUUCUUUUGUUGGAAGACGAGGCACUGGUGCACAAGCUAUAUCAAUUGGUAAAAACUGUGACAAGUUUGGUGUAGUAGUGCAUGAACUUGGACAUGUGGUUGGAUUUUGGCAUGAGCAUACAAGGCCUGACAGAGAUGACCAUGUGGCAAUUCAAACAGAAUACAUACAACCAGAAUAUGCAGCUUGUGGGAGGACACUGCUAGAGACAUCGGGUAACUUUUCAUCUCCUGGAUUCCCAGAAGAUGCACCAAAAGGAAUCACUUGUGAAUGGAGAAUCUCGGUGACACCUGGAGAAAUUAUUGUCCUGAACUUUACGAUUUUUGAUAUCCUACAGAGUAGUGAUUGCUGGUAUGAUUAUGUUGAGAUCAGGAAUGGACACUGGAACAAAUCACCACUCAUAGGUCGUUAUUGUGGCAAAGAUAUCCCUGCAACCAUCAGAUCAGCAGACAGUCGUCUUUGGAUUCAGUUCAAAAGCUCUGAAAGAUACGCUAAUAAAGGAUUUGUAGCACAAUAUGAAGCAAUCUGUGGAGGCGAGAUCACAAAGGAUUCUGGACAGCUCCAGAGCCCCAACUUCCCUGAUUAUUACAGACCAAACAAGGAAUGUAUUUGGAAGAUUACUAUGCCAGAAGGCAGCAAUGUUGGAAUUUCAUUUCAGUCAUUUGAGAUAGAGCGUCAUGAUAGUUGUAUUUAUGACUAUUUAGAAGUUCGUGAUGGCUAUGAUGAAGACUCCAGAUUGCUUGGUAAAUAUUGUGGAUACACCACUCCUCGUGAUUUCCACUCUGAUGGUAAUAAACUGAUGGUUAAGUUUGUCUCAGAUGGCUCGGUCAACAAAGGAGGAUUCUCUGCGCAGUUCUUCAUUGAACAAGAUGAGUGUGCAGUUGAUCAAGGUGGAUGUGAACAGAAGUGUGUGAAUACUAUUGGUGGAUAUCACUGUGAAUGUGAACCUGGAUUUGAGCUUUCAAUUGAUCAAAAACAUUGUGAAGCUGCCUGUGGUGGUUUUUUGACUGAUUUACAAGGUAACAUCACAAGCCCUUCAUACCCAUUGGCGUAUCCAGUCAACAAAAACUGUGUAUGGCAAAUAGUUGGAAAACCACAUCACAGAAUAUCACUACUGUUUCACACAUUUGAUCUGGAAGGCAAUGAUGUUCACAUUGCAACCAAAGAUCCCCUCCAGGUUAGAAGUAGUACUAGUAUCAUAACCCAUUAUAGUUAA